AUGAAUUUGCCCUUGAAAAAGUCUUUCUCUCCUUUUCUUAGGUUCAAAACGGGCCAGAUUAAUGGGGACCUGCUCAUCUACCACGUCCUCCUUACCCUUAAACCCUACUACGCUAAGCCCUACGAGAUCGUGGUGGACUUGACUCAUGUGGGGCCCAGCAAUCGUUUCAAGACCGACUUCCUGUCCAAGUGGUUUGUGGUCUUUCCGGGCUUUGCUUAUGAGAAUGUAGCAGCAGUUUACGUCUACAACUGCAACACAUGGGUGAGGGAGUAUACCAAGUAUCACGAGCGGCUACUGACGGGCCUGAAGGGCAGCAAGCGACUCCAGUUUAUUGACUCUCCGACCAAGCUCGCGGAACACAUCGAGCCUGACCAGCAAAAACUGCCUGCAGCCACUUUGACAUUAGAAGAAGACCUAAAAGUGUUCCACAAUGCCCUCAAGCUGGCCCAUAAAGACACCAAGGUGUCAAUAAAGGUGGGCUCCACAGCGGUUCAGGUGACCUCGGCCGAGCGGACGCGCGUCCUCGGCCAGCCCGUCUUCCUCAAUGACGUCUACUACGCCUCAGAGAUCGAGGAGAUCUGCCUGGUGGACGAGAGUCAGUUCACCCUCACCAUGGCCAACCAGGGCACUCCGCUCACUUUCAUGCACCAGGAGUGUGACGCCAUCGUCCAGUCCAUCAUCCACAUCCGAACACGCUGGGAGCUGUCCCAGCCCGACUCGAUUCCUCAGCACACAAAGAUUCGACCAAAAGACGUUCCAGGGACUCUACUCAACAUUGCCCUACUCAACCUUGGCAGUUCUGACCCCAGCCUAAGGUCCGCAGCCUACAACCUGCUCUGCGCCUUGACAUGCACCUUUAACCUCAAAAUCGAAGGCCAGCUCCUGGAGACUUCAGGCCUCUGCAUCCCGGCCAACAACACCCUCUUCAUCGUCUCCAUCAGCAAGACUCUGGCUGCCAACGAGCCACAUCUGACCCUGGAGUUUUUGGAAGAGUGCAUCUCUGGUUUCAGCAAGUCCAGUAUCGAGCUUAAACACCUCUGCCUUGAGUACAUGACGCCCUGGCUUCUAAACCUGGUGCGCUUCUGCAAGCAUAACGACGACGCUAAACGCCAGCGCGUCACUGCCAUCCUGGACAAACUCAUUACGAUGACAAUCAAUGAGAAACAGAUGUAUCCUUCCAUCCAGGCCAAGAUCUGGGGCAGCCUGGGCCAGAUCACAGACCUGCUGGACGUGGUGUUGGAUAGCUUUAUCAAAACCAGUGCUACCGGAGGCCUGGGCUCAAUCAAAGCAGAAGUCAUGGCUGAUACCGCAGUGGCUCUGGCAUCAGGAAACGUCAAACUGGUCUCCAACAAGGUUAUUGGCCGGAUGUGUAAGAUCAUUGACAAGACUUGCCUGUCGCCGACGCCCACGCUGGAGCAGCACCUCAUGUGGGACGACAUUGCCAUCCUGGCACGCUACAUGCUCAUGCUGUCCUUCAACAACUCUCUGGACGUCGCUGCCCACCUGCCAUACUUAUUUCACGUAGUGACCCUACUGGUAGCCACCGGUCCAUUGUCCCUCAGGGCCUCCACCCACGGUCUGGUCAUCAACAUCAUCCACUCCCUCUGCACCUGCUCGCAGCUCAACUUCAGCGAGGAGACAAAGCAAGUUCUGAGGCUGAGCCUGACAGAGUUCUCAUUGCCCAAGUUCUACCUGCUGUUCGGCAUCAGCAAAGUCAAGUCGGCCGCCGUCAUCGCCUUCCGUUCCAGCUACAGGGACCGUUCCUUCUCGCCAGGCUCCUACGAGAGGGAGACGUUCGCCCUGUCCUCGCUGGAGACUGUCACGGAGGCUUUACUGGAAAUCAUGGAGGCUUGUAUGAGGGACAUCCCGACUUGCAAGUGGUUGGACCAGUGGACAGAGCUUGCACAAAAGUUUGCAUUCCAGUACAACCCGUCUCUCCAGCCCAGAGCGCUGGUCGUGUUUGGCUGCAUCAGCAAAAGAGUGAGCCACGGCCAGAUCAAGCAGAUCAUACGGAUCCUCAGCAAGGCCAGCCCUCUGCUCAGCAUAGACCGGGGUUUGGAGAGCUGUUUGAAGGGGCCCGAUAAUUACAACAGCCAGGUUUUAAUAGAGGCCACAGUCAUUGCUCUGACAAAGCUGCAACCUCUCCUCAGCAAGGACUCUCCCAUGCACAAGGCUCUGUUCUGGGUGGCAGUGGCAGUACUACAGCUAGAUGAAGUUAAUCUCUACUCUGCUGGAACUGCCCUUAUGGAGCAGAACCUCCACACGCUUGACACAAUGCGUGUGUUCAAUGACAAGAGUCCCGAGGAAGUGUUCAUGGAAAUCAGACGUCCUUUAGAAUGGCACUGUAAGCAGAUGGAUCAUUUUGUGGGACUCAACUUUAGCGCCAACUUUAACUUUGCUCUGGUGGGCCAUCUACUCAAAGGCUACAGACACCCUUCACCCACCACAGUGGCGAGAACAGUGCGAAUUCUUCACACACUGUUGGCUCUUAUAAGCAAGCAUCUGAAAUGUGACAAGUUUGAGGUCAACACUCAGAGCGUGGCCUAUCUGGCUGCUUUGCUUACUGUAUCUGAGGAAGUCAGAAGUCGCUGCAGUCUCAAACACAGGAAAUCGCUACUCAUCUCUGAUCUCUCCAUGGAUCCCGUUCCCAUGGACACCUACACUUGUCACAUGGCUGAUCCCUCUUGCAGAACUUUACAAGAGCCUCAGCCAUGGACAUCGCCUCAGAUUUCGGAGCGCUUCCUGUUACCACAUCAUUACCCCAUAAUGGGCCAGAUUAGCCCACGAACACGGAAGUCCAUGAGCCUGGACAUGGGCCAACCCUCGCAGGCUAACACGAAAAAGCUUCUGGGCACCAGGAAGAGCUUUGAUCAUCUCAUAUCAGACUGUAAAGCACCAAAGAGACCAGAGAUGGAGUCUGGUAUGACCACCCCUCCCAAGAUGAGGCGCGUUGCCGAAAACGACUAUGAGAUCGAGACGCAACGAAUCGGAAAUUCUCAUCUACGCAAGGUGUCUGUAUCAGAGUCUAAUGUGCUGUUGGACGAGGAGGUGCUGACCGACCCAAAGAUUCAGGCUUUGCUGCUCACUGUGCUGGCCACGCAGGUCAAAUACAGCACGGACGACUUUGACCAGCGCAUUUUGUACGAGUACUUGGCCGAGGCCAGCGUUGUCUUCCCAAAGGUUUUUCCAGUUGUCUACAACCUGCUGGAUUCCAAGAUCAACUCUGUGCUGUCCAUGUGCCAGGACACCAACCUCCUGAACCCCGUCCAUGGCAUCGUCCAGAGCGUGGUGUACCACGAGGAGUCACCGCCUCAAUACCAGCCCUCAUACUUACAAAGCUUUGGCUUUAAUGGGCUUUGGAGGUUUGCUGGACCAUUUUCGAAGCAAACCCAGAUACCGGAUUACGCCGAGCUAAUCGUCAAGUUUCUGGAGGCGCUGAUCGACAGUUACCUGCCGGCCGCCGACGAGGAGCGAGGGGAGGAGCAGCUGAGGACGCCCACCUCCCCCUACCCCCCCACCAGCCAAAGCCAGCUCAGCAUCACUGCCAACCUCAACCUGUCCAACUCCAUGACCUCACUGGCCACCUCGCAGCACUCACCAGGUGUGGACAAGGAGAACGUCCAGCUGUCCCCCAGCUCGGCGCUGUCCAGCGGGGGGCGCACCAGGCACGGCUCGGCCAGCCAGGUCCAGAAGCAGCGCAGCGCCGGCAGCUUCAAGAGACCCAGUAUUAAGAAGAUCGUGUGA